AUGCCAGGAGUUCCGUCUAAUAAGGCAUGCGAGAGGUGUAAAAAGAGGCAUCUGAAGUGUGAUGAGACACGUCCCCACUGCCAGCGGUGUGUCACCGCGGGCGUUGAAUGUCCUGGCUAUGUCCAGACGCGUAAAUUUAUCGAUCAAGGUGCCACAGUGAGGCGUCGGUAUGCUCCAUAUCAAGAGAGUCAUACAAAACCUAGUACAUCGGCCAAUGCCAACCAAGGAGAUGAACAUCCACCUAAUUCUGCACAGAAUGAAGGUCAACUGGCAAUCAAUCAGGACAAGCCAAGUCAAGCUCCAACUGAUAGUGGGAAGGUGGGCUCUACCUUCAGUUUCCAGCUGGAACAGUCAAGACCAGACUUUGGAACCGACACCUCGAUGGCUGAAGUGUCUACCUCCACUGUCCAACCGAGCAUAGCGGUAGGCGCAACUGAUUUGCGCACCCAAAAUACCCCAGGAUCCCAAUAUGGCACAGAAAUCAACCGGCUUGCUGGCUUUGGGGACAGAGGGAGCUCAACAAGAAGCCCCCUACAAAGCCCAGAAGUAUCAGGCACUGCGAUGAUGGGGCUUGUCCCAAACUUUGAAAAUAGCUACAACAUCCAGCAUCCCGACCGUCAAAACUAUGGGAGAACCUUCACUUCCGAGAGCCCGUCUCAAAGAAGCGAGAAAGAGGAAUUCCAGGACAUUUUCUCCGAGCUAAUGACGGGCACCGAACAUGAGAUAGCAUUUCUUACCCGCCAUUUUGCAGAAGUCUUGGGUCCCUGGCUGGAUUUAUCCGACGCUGCAAAAUUCUUCUCAGUUUAUGUCCCGAUCAGAGCUCUUAAUUGUCAAUGUUUAAAAUACUCCAUGGCAGCUUUGGCAGCCAAGCAACUCGGCCGAGUGAAAGGUUCCAAAUCAAGCACUGGGCGAGGAAUGUUCACCAGUCCUGCUACAACAGAGACAUAUCCAAAUUCUGAGCAAGUGGACUGGUUUCUCAAGGCAGCAAACUACUACUAUCUCUCUGUAUCGGAUCUAACCACCUCCACGUCAGAUGGCUAUUCUGUCGUAUCUACAUCGGCAGUGUUGGACUCGCCUAUUGACUUGGUCGGGCGGUGGCUGAACACACAGGCUAAUCAAGGUGCGGGCCAAAACCCUGAUGACGGGGCACUUUUGCGAAAGACAGAAGAGAUUCUGGCGACAGUCACUGUUCUGACGUUGUAUAAAUUGCUGGAUGCGAAAGGAGAGGAGUGGCACAUGUACCUCACAGGCAUUCGCCAAGUUUUCAAUGCACUCCUUCAAAUGAAGCAAAUGAACUCGACGUUCUUCUCUCAUGGAGUUAGGGCGUGUUUCUGGAAUUUCGCUCGCCAGGAUUAUCUUGGAUCAUAUUACAUCCGCUCGGCUACGCAUCUUGAUCCCGCAAACACACCUCUUUGGCGCGCAGCAGGGAUAUCAAUCGACGAGCAAGAGAAAUUCCACAUCAUUGCAAGCGGGUCCAUUGACUUAUCCCAGGAAGACCAAACAUUCAAUGGGCUAUGCUGGCUUGUUUCCAAAGUUGUCAAUUUCCUCACCAAAUCCAAACAAUCCCAGAUUGCCCAAUGGACGGGCUCUCCACCGGAAAAUCCAUCUGGAGCGCAAGACACACCUAGCAACUCCAACCAACAGCCGACAUAUCCCGAUACAAACGCUUGGCUAGACUUAUGCUUUGAAUUUCAAACGUGGUUCGAGGGCGUUCCGGAGACAAUUCGCCCAUGUGUGCGAAUCGAGCACCCCAGAGAUUUGUCGAAGCCACACGAUGGUAGCCAAAUUCCGUUUCCCGAGGUUUUCCACGGCUUGGCAACAUGCGCAGCUGCUAUGCAGCAUUAUCACUUUGGGCGAAUCGCAUUGUUGUUGAAUCGGCCGCAGGACGUUAUAAGUGGGCCAAGUACAGCAUUCGACCGUCUGCAAGGUUACCGAGAAGUUACGAAAGAGGUUGAGUACCGCUGUCGAGAAGUAUGCGGUAUUGCUUUGGGGAGACCCCACGCUGAAGUGCGGAUCUAUAUGAUACCCCUUUUGUUUGCUGUGGGUCAAUGUUUGGAGAGCACGAAUGAGCGACAGAUUAUUGUGGACCUCUUACGGGGUGUCGAGGCAGACCUGGGUUGGGCCACGGAAUAUGCAGUGGAGAAGCUUCACUCUUCGUGGAAUCGAUGA